GAGUUGUGCCGCUUAAGUGAAAGCUAAUAAACAUGGCGCACUCAACAACAACAGGGAGAAAUUUGCCAGCAAUUCCUUAAAUUGCCAAGGCAAGGGCAUCUCCCACUUGGGCUGCUGAUUGCUAAGUUCAAUACAUCAAAAUAAAGGUACGUUAUUUUUAUAAUACGCCGUUCAUUCAAGUUACCCACGAUGCAUGAUCCCAAGGCGAGCAGACGUGACGUCAGAGGGUAACGAUACAAAGAUGCGAAACUGAUAGGUUGUUGGCGACUAAACAACUUUGCAUAACAGAUUGAAACAGCUCCUUCCGCUAUCGAAAAAAUAGUUCAAAAAGCUUGUGAAUUUCACCAUCAAAACCUCAUAGUUUGAAGUGCACUACAUCGCUAUGUCUUACGUAGCAUACAAGAGUCUGCUUUCUGACAUACGCCGACAACUCGAGCUGCACGAUCAUCAACAGUUACUCGAGAUGUGUGGAUUGGACGACGAGGCGGCCAACAUUCAUGAUACCCGUUCGUUGAUGAGGAGACUAGAAGAAAAGAAACGUUUUACAAUUGACGAGCUGGGAGACUUGGAGGAAGUCUUGGAGAGUUUAGAGGAGUUUUCUCUGUUGGGAAAGCUCAAAAAGUUCGAGAGCAAAAGGAAAGAGUAUAACGAUUUACUAGAAAAGAUAAGUGGUGCACUCAAUGACGACGAGCGCAAUCAUAUGGAACAAGUCAUUAAUAUCGUUAAAAGAGAGACUUCGGUUGACUUUUCAAGAGAGAACAUUCCCAGUAUUUUGACGUUAUUCCAAAAACUACAAAAACAUGGAAGUUUGGGAUUUCGCAGACUCAACUUUGUGAAAAGGAUUCUGACAGAAAUUGACAAGGAAGACCUGGUAAGAGAAAUCGAGGAUUAUGAGAAGCGUCGUAAUAAGAAGGAUGCAUCUGAAAGAAGAAAAGCUGAAUGGUACUCAUGGGGAAAAUCUUUUGCCAGAAAGGUGAAAGGAGGUUCCUCUUUGAACCUGGUGUUUUGCACAACGCUGUUUUGA